GCCGUUGUCGUCACCGGAAGUGAGUGAAACACCCGGUCUCACUGUAAACACGCUGCGCAGAGGGUGACAUUGGACACAGAUGAAUGUUUUAUAACAGUAAAACAUCUAAUAACUAGUGACAGUAACUGAAGUGUAGAUGGAUCCGUCUAAAGCAGAGCCGCCCUUGAGGCACGUGGAGACCGACGUGUUGAUUCCCAAGAUGAUGCGGGAGAAAGCUAAAGAGAGAUGCGUUCAGAACGUGGAUGCGUUCAACCGUUGCUGUAAAGACGCCGGCUUCUUCAUGGUGUUCAAGUGUCGGGAGGAGAACGCGGCUCUGAAGGAGUGUUUGACGCGGCACUAUCAGGAUCCGGUGUUCUACGAGGAGUGUAAGCAGGAGUACCUGACGGAGAAACGGGAGUUUCAACAGACUGGGAUUCCCGCCAAGAACCGGAAGCAGAAGAUUCCCACCAGCAUGUAGAGCUGACCCGUGUCUUAGCUGUAUAUUCAUAAUUGCCUCUUAUAAAACAUCACUGGCACCAAAAGCCUAAUAUAAAUGCAUGGACAGUGUGUUUGAUCCGCAUCAGACGUGCGUCGUCCCGUGGGAAGCGCCGCCGCAUCAUGUGGAAGAUAAUACGCUCUGUGUUUCUGUGUUAAAAUACAAAUGAAGAGUGGAUUUACAAUCAGUUUGAGCCUUAAGCGUCUAAUGGUUUGAGGCAGCCGGAAAAAAAAAAAAAGAUAUGUAAAUAAUUGGUGACAAUGUUAUACUUUUAAUAAUAAAACAAUGUUUCAGUUAAUGUUUCAA